CCUUAGGGGCGAGCCCGGCAGCUGUUGCUCUCUUUGCGCCCGCGGCCCGCCGCUGCCUCGCCAUGCUCGCUCGCCCCCGCGGCAGCCUCCUCGUUGGCCUCCUGCUGCUGCUGGCCUGGGGGGCCACCACCAGCCGGGCCCAGGAGAAGGGAGCAGGCGAGAGCGACGGCGACGCUGCGCUCCGGGCGCUGCAGCUGGAGACCCUGGUGGCGCCUCCCGAGGGUUGCGCGGAGCACUCGGCCACGGGCGACACCAUCCAGAUCCACUACACGGGCACCCUUGAAGAUGGCCGUAUCAUUGAUAGCUCACUUUCCCGUGAGCCAUUGCAAGUAGAGCUGGGCAAAAGACAAGUUAUCCCUGGCUUAGAACAGAGUUUGCUGGACAUGUGUGUUGGGGAGAAACGGAAAGUUAUUAUCCCCCCUCACUUGGCAUAUGGCAAACGAGGUUCCCCGCCUGCUAUCCCAGCUGAUGCAGUCCUGCAAUUCGAGGUGGAACUGGUAGGGCUCUCCCGAGCAAGCUACUGGCAGAAGCUGUUGAACGACGUGCUGCCCCUGCUAUGCAUUGGGCUUGUCCCAGCACUUCUGGGGCUCAUCGGCUACCACCUCUAUCGGAAGGCCCAGUCUCCCCACGUCUCCAAGAAAAAACUGAAGGAGGAGAAGAAGAACAAGGCCAAGAAGAAAUAAAGCUUGCCUCCCCUUUUUCA